GUAUUUGAAAGCGUAGUUUCGGACCACUUCAAAGUAAGUACAUAUACGGUAUAAUCAGGCUGCGCAGUAGGGUUGCGCGAUAAAUUCUAUUCGUUAUCGUCGAUCGCGCGUUGGCUUUCAGUUGCCGUUCGGCCGGCCACCGAGUAGGAUCUCUGUCUCGUCAGUGACCAAAAUAAAAAAUUUUCCCUUGAUUCUGCGGAGGUAUUGUUCUUCGCGUCAUCGAAAGAACAUAUUGUCGAUAUUGAUACAAGAUGAGUACACCGGGCAAGCAAGUGCGGAAUGGUACUUACGAGUUCGAUUACAUGCGUGUGCCCGAAAACAAAACACGAUGGGAGGUUAUACGUGAUGGCAUUUACAAUCCUGUUAAUGGCACCUAUUGUGGCCAUCCACCUAAAAAGUGGGCUUGGACUGCAGUAUUUUAUAGCUGUUUCUUCUCGGUUUUGGCCUUGCUCUUUGCAAUUUGUAUGAAGGGCCUUUUGUCGACUCUAAGCAACGAUAAACCUAAAUGGAUAUUAGAGAGUAGUAUCAUUGGGACCAAUCCAGGACUUGGAUUUCGGCCAAUUUCGGACAAUCCAGAUGAGAGAUCUUUAAUUUGGUAUAGAGCGUCGAAUGCAAGCGAAGUGGAAAAAUGGACCAAACUUUUGGAUAAAUUUUUAGAAGAAUACAUAGAUUCAUCUCUUUUACCAAACGGUGGUAGGAAUCAACAGAUUUGCAGUUAUAAUCAACCACCAAAGUCUGGAAAUGUUUGUGCUGUCGAUGUCAAUAAUUGGGGACCUUGUUCGCCGAAACAACAAUAUGGUUUCAACAAUUCAGCACCUUGUAUUUUUAUUAAAUUAAAUAGAAUAUAUGGAUGGAUACCCGAAUAUUAUAACGACACUAAAGAUCUACCAUCGGAUAUGCCGAUUAGCUUAAUCAAUCAUAUUAAAAAAACCAACAGUUCUUGGUUAAAUACUGUGUGGGUAUCAUGCAAAGGGGAGGAUCCAUACGAUAAUGAAAUUAUCGGUGAAUUAGCAUACUAUCCGCAAAAUCAUGGUUUUCCAGGAUUUUAUUAUCCGUACGAGAAUAUUCAAGGAUAUUUAAGUCCACUCGUGGCUGUACAUUUUCUUCGACCAGCCAGGAAUACAAUAAUCAACGUUGAGUGUAGAGCAUGGGCAAAAAAUAUUAAAUAUAGUACGAGAAAAUCGGAGAAAAAAGGUGCGGUACAUUUCGAACUUAUGGUAGACUAGUCACAUAUCGCAACAUUCUAUUACGAAACAUAAAUGUCUUCUAUCUGAAGUAAUGUCAACUUGAUUAGAAAAAAGAACAUUUCUUCAUUCGAAUGUGUAAACAUUAUGCCGAUGCAGAAUCUGAUUAGAAUUAUCUUCAGUAUAGUAAACGUGAACUCAUUACUAGCUAUAUAUACAGAUUGAUAUAUUGGCUGAUAAUGAGCACGAAAGGACGAUAUAAGAAUUAUUUAAAACAAAUUUCUUUAUUAUUUUACAUCAAUAUAAUAGUAUCACUAUUCCAUUAAUCAAAUCAUUCGCAAAUGAAAUAGUUUCAUUAUCAAUCAUAUCUAAUAAGUUUUAACGUGAUAUAAUAUUUAUAUGUGUAUGAUAGAUGUAAAAUUUUAAUCUGCCUAAUAUCCUAUGUGUUCUACAAUAGCGAAAAGUGUGCCAAUGAACUUAUCGAUCGAUAGAAAUAUUUUGUAAUAGCUUAUUACAAAAAAAAAAAAAAAAAAAAAAAAAAAAAAAA